GAUAAAGGCAUGCUUAAGAGGAAACACUCUAUCUGAAACAAUGUCCUCGGUUAGUCCUGAAAAUGAAGGUUUGAAAAGAGGUGAGGUGAACUUUAAAGCUGAAGGACAAAAACAAAGGAUUGUUUCAAUAGUACUUGGAGUGUUGCUGACAAUAGCCGUUAUAGCUUUUAUAACGAUUUUGGCCAUUCAUCUGAAAGUAGUUGAUGGUGGGUGGAGUUCGUGGGGAGAAUGGUCGUCUUGCACAAAAACUUGUGAUGUCGGAGCAAAAUAUAGAAUCAGAAGUUGUAGCAAACCUUUCCCAAAAAAUGGAGGAGUUGACUGCAUCGGCUUGUCGAUUGAUUUUUCGACCUGUAAUACAAAACCAUGUGAUG